GAAAGGUUUUGGGAUCUUGAUGAAAGGCCUUGGGCGUAGGAAUGAACAGGAACCAAGCUAUUCUGUCGUCUGUCUACGACUGGACAUUGUGUCGUCGAUAAAUGUGUUGUUUCUAGUUGAGUGAUAGUGCGGACGUACGUAAUUCUUCACGGAUACAUAGCUUAAAGCGGCUAAAAUGCCUUCAGGACUAGGUGGCUCUUAUAGGUCGUUAGCCGACGACGUUUACAAGAGCACAACUGUGGCCGAGAACAAGUUUAAUAUGAUAGAGAGUGUCAAGAAAGCCUUUAGCUUCGUGGCGCCGGGCAACGGACGUUCAGAUCCUCUCAUUGUGCGAGAUGAUGGCCGCCCUGAACCCACCAUAAUACCUGCUAUAAGGGACAACAGAAAAAUGCCUACCGCAGGUACCCCUGAGGAAACGGCUCUGCUGGGCAAGAUGCCGUCCGACUCCAUGGAUGACAUCGAGCUCAAGAAAAUCGACCUGCAGAUCCCCACUGUCCGUUCCAUGUCGCGGGACGAUUCGUCGGUGUCGGAGGAGCGCGUGGAGACGGCCAGGGGGUCCAUCCUAGUGGCUGUCCAAGGCGACCGCACCAAACCAGCGAUCCUGACGUACCAUGACCUUGGCCUCAAUUACAUCUCCAGCUUCCAGGCCUUCUUUAAUUAUAUCGACAUGCGUGCGCUACUCGAUAACUUUUGCGUGUACCACGUGAAUGCCCCCGGGCAAGAGGAGGGCGCCUUACCGCUUCCCGACGAUUAUGAAUAUCCAACUAUGGAUGAGCUUGCAGAACAGCUCAUGUUUGUUCUAAGCCAUUUCGGCCUCCAUCACGUCAUUGGGCUUGGAGUGGGCGCUGGAGGAAACAUCCUUGCUCGAUUUGCUCUUGCUAACCCCGAGAAAGUUGAAGCACUGUGUCUUAUUAACGUAGUGUCUACACAAGCUGGUUGGAUUGAGUGGGGUUAUCAAAAGAUGAAUGCAAGGUACCUACGCUCAAAAGGAAUGACACAAGGUGUUUUGGAUUACCUUAUGUGGCACCAUUUUGGAAGGGGGACGGAAGAGAGGAACCAUGAUUUGGUACAAGUUUAUCGGAAUUACUUUGAAAGACAAGUAAAUCCCUCUAAUUUGGCAUUGUUUAUUGAUGCCUAUGUGAGACGCACUGAUCUGAAGCUUGUCCGUGAAUUGGAACCCAAUCGUCGCAAAGACAGUACUACUCUUCUGAUGCCUGUUAUGAACAUAACUGGUUCUCUGAGCCCUCAUGUAGAUGAUACAGUCACCUUGAAUGGUAGACUUGACCCUACCAACUCUUCAUGGAUGAAGAUUUCAGACUGUGGUAUGGUUUUGGAAGAACAGCCUGGUAAAGUGGCUGAGGCAUUCCGGCUCUUCCUGCAGGGUCAGGGUUAUGCUGUGAAACUGUCUCGCAAGCUUUCAACCUCUCUGUCAGCUGAAGGUAUGACCACGGUCCCCAGUGCCCGUUUCAUUGAUUUCACCCGUUCUACAUCACUGGAUGAUUCUGAUUUGCUUUCCCUUACCCAUUGGUCCAAUGCGUCCAUUCAUAUCACUGAAAAUCCUAUAUCUGAAGCUGUUGCUUGUUGAAGUCGUAAUUAUUUGUUCAUGUCUUAACACAGCUGCUUAUCACUUUAAAAACUUGAGGGCUUUUGAUGAUUUUGUAUGCUCAAACAAGAGCCUGCACAAGAAAAGAGUUCUCUCAUGAACUUGUCCACUGCCUCUUAAAAAUUUGGGAAGUGCAAUUUGACACACUUUCAUGUACGCUUAUCUGUAAAGAUUUUAAAAUUAUUUUUUAGUCCUGCUUUAAGAAUUGACAAAGCACUCCCCUUGGUUUUGGUUGUGAACACUUCAUGAACUUGAUUACCAUAUCCAUUACUUUUUAAGCAAUUGUAUCAAUUUAUUGCAGUUUACAGAAAAGAGAAGCAAUCUGUACUGUGAACAUAUUUUAACCAGACAUUCCUAAGGGAAGAAAUCUUUUAAUUUUUAGGAAAAAAAAAAUGAAAUCAGAAAAAAAUUACAUGAUUGCAAUCAGGACAACUGGUUUGCAAUUGAAGGAAAACAAGUAUGCUUCGGACAAAUGGGAUGCCCCCGGAAAUAAUCUGGCUCAUUUGAACUGUAAUGUAUCGUACCUAAUUGAUAAGGAGAGAAGCUUUACACUUCUCAACAGAGAUAGUGCAUAUCUGUUUUCAACUAACUUUAAUCUCCAUUUUAAAAAAAAUUCAGUGCAAUAUUUUUUUUGUAAGUUUUAUGAACCAAGGGCGCCUUAGUGCAUGGAAACUAUCCAAAACACGGAGUUUUAAUCAAAUCCACAAAAAAUUAUGAUAAUUUAGUGAGAUCACUUAAAGUUUGCUCUGUACUUUAGUACUUCUCUCUAGUCAAUUUGCAAUAAUGAGAUAAUUGCAAAGUUGUCAGUAACACGUUUAUGUUUUUAUAUUUUGAUAAUCCAGUAGUGAUUAUUAAUUCAUGGAGGAAGUUAAUGCUAUGUCUCAUUGAUCUAAAAGACAAUUUUUUAAAGAUUGUAUUUUUUUCUGUAUUAUAUUAUUGGAAGGGUUGAUUCUCUAUCAUGGUUAGAAUUAAAAUUGGAUGUGAAUUUAAUUUCACUUUGAUAACCAAUAUUUUUGUAGUAAACAGGAAAAUAUGUACUGUCAUGAAAUUAUAUUUUCAGUUUCUGACAAUAUAAAUUUGAAUGUAAGAGGUGCCACAACCAUCGGACCAAUUGCACUCAAGUGUUCUUGGAAUGUAUUACCUAGCAAUUAGAAAGCAACAUAUCGCUCAUUAAGAUAUUGAAAUGUAUUUAAGUUUAAGGUAUGAUCUAGGUAUCCUCCUGAGAGUCAAAGAAAUAAUGAUAUGCAAGCUUAUUCAUUAUAAGCAGUAUUCAUAAAAUGUGUCCAGUCACAUUAAACUUUUCAUUUUCAUGCUGCCUAUCAUGUAGUAGUCAUUUAAAAAAAAUUAUUAUCCAUUCAGCCUAGGUUUUCCUCACAAUAGAAUGCUAUGGAUUGUGUAUCAAAGUGCUGGCCUUCACACAAAAUUCACUUUAAUGUAUAAACUCUUGGAGGCGUAAAAGUUAUUGUAGUGUAAGUGAAACCCUUGAAAAUCUGCAUUGUCUGUGAUCUCAUUGUUUGUAUUGAUUGACACAAGAAGAAGGUGGGAAUGGAAAAAAGUAAAAUAAAGUAUGAGAUCAUUCUGUAUAUUGUGCUUUGAAAACGUCAAGUUUGUAGGCUUAUGAGCUGUGGUUGCCUAUCCAGUAAAAUGUCUUAAUAAGAAAAA